GGAGGACAGCGAUCGGCGACCGGCGGCUAGAGAUCGUGGGCGAGGGGAGCGCGACAGUCGCUGCUUCGGGAGAUCGUCGCUCGGCCGGGCGAGCGUGAGCCUGGGAGAUGGCAGUGAUGGAAAUGGCCUGCCCAGGCGCUCCUGGCGCGGCGGUCGGGCAGAAGAAGGAGCUCGCCAAGGCCAAGGAGAAGACCCAGGCCGCGGGGAAGAACCAGAGCUCCGUCAGCAAGCCCGAGGCCGUGGAGAAGAGCCCCGUGUUCUGCGGGAAGUGGGAGAUCCUGAAUGACGUGAUUACCAAAGGCACAGCCAAGGAAGGCUCCAAGGGGGGGCCAGCCGCCAUCUCCAUCAUCGCCCAGGCCGAAUGUGAGAAUAGCCAAGAGUUCAGCCCCACCUUUUCAGAGCGGAUUUUCAUCGCUGGGUCGAAACAGUACAGCCAGUCUGAGAGCCUGGAUCAGAUCCCCAACAAUGUGGCCCACGCAACCGAGGGCAAAAUGGCCCGUGUGUGCUGGAAGGGGAAGCGUCGCAGCAAAGCCCGGAAGAAACGCAAGAAGAAGAGCUCAAAGUCCCUGGCUCCGGCGGGGGUGGCCUUGGCCAGACCCCUGCCCAGGACCCCCGAGCAGGAGAGCUGCACAGUCCCUGUGCAGGAGGACGAGUCCCCACUCGGCACCCCGUAUAUUAGAAGUGCCCCCCAGUUCACCAAGCCUCUGAAGGAGCCAGGCCUUGGCCAACUCUGUUUUAAGAAACUCGGGGAGGGGUUACGCCCAGCACUGCCUCGAUCGGAACUCCACAAACUGAUCAGCCCCUUGCAAUGUCUAAACCACGUGUGGAAACUGCACCACCCCCAGGAUGUAGGCCCCCUGCCCCAGCCCGCUCACCCCUUCCCCUACGGCAGACUUCCCCACCCCUUCCCGUUCCACCCCCUGCAGCCCUGGAAACCUCACGCCCUGGAGUCCUUCUUCCUGAGCAAACUGGCCUGUGUAGAUAGCCCCCAGCCCCUGCCUGGCCCCCCACUGGGCAAACUGGCCUGUGUGGACAAUCAGAAGCCCCUGCUGGGCCCUCCCCCAGAGCCCAGUUGCCCGCCUCAUGGCACUCCUGAGAAGUUUUCUGUGGAGGAGUACCUGGUGCACGCUCUGCAGGGUAGCGUGAGCUCCGGCCAGCCCCACAGCCUGGCCAGCCUGGCCAAGACGUGGACAGCGCGGGGCCCCAGGCCCCAGGAGCCCAGCCCCAAAACUGAGGACAGCGAAGGGGUCCUGCUAACGGAGAAACUGAAGCCAGUGGAUUACGAGUACCGAGAGGAGGUCCACUGGGCCACGCGCCAGCCCUGCCUGGGCAGAGGCUCCUUCGGCGAGGUGCACAGGAUGGAGGACAAGCAGACGGGCUUCCAGUGUGCCGUCAAAAAGGUGCGAGUUGAUAUGUUUCGGGCAGAGGAGCUGACGUCAUGUGCAGGACUGACUUCGCCCAGGAUUGUCCCUUUGUACGGAGCAGUGAAGGAGGGUCCUUGGGUCAACAUCUUCAUGGAACUGCUGGAAGGUGGGUCCCUGGGUCAGCUCAUAAAGCAGAAGGGCUGUCUGCCGGAGGACCGAGCCCUCUACUACCUGGGCCAGGCCCUGGAAGGGCUGGAAUACCUCCACGCCCGCAGGAUUCUGCACGGCGAUGUCAAAGCUGACAACGUGCUCCUGUCCAAUGAUGGGAGCCGUGCAGCCCUCUGUGACUUUGGCCAUGCUGUGUGCCUUCGACCCGACGGCCUGGGGAAUUCCUUGCUCACAGGGGACUACAUCCCCGGCACAGAGACCCACAUGGCCCCAGAGGUGGUCAUGGGCAAGCCCUGUGACACCAAGGUGGACGUGUGGAGCAGCUGCUGCAUGAUGCUACAUAUGCUCAACGGCUGCCACCCUUGGACCCAGUACUUCCGAGGGCCGCUCUGCCUCAAGAUUGCCAGUGAGCCUCCGCCCGUGAGGGAGAUCCCUCCUUCCUGCGCCCCCCUCACCGCCCAGGCCCUCGAGGAGGGGCUGAGGAAAGAGCCCGUCCGCCGUGCGUCGGCGGUGGAGCUGUGGCGGAAGGUCAGCCUGGCGCUGCAGCACGUGGGAGGCCUGAAGAGCCCUUGGAGGGGAGAAUAUAAAGAGCCAAGACAUCCGCCGUCACACCAAGUCCAUCCGCCACCAAGCCCAGCCCACCCUCACCAGACCCUCCCAGCCCUGCCCAGGGAGCUGUCCCCAGGGACGCUGGGGCCCCAGCCAGCCGAGGACACCCCAGGCGGGGCCCCCAAGCUCCAACCUCCUCUACCUCCAGACCCCCCAGAGCGAAACAAGUGUCCAAGCCUGAACUGGGGCAAGGAGGAGUCUGGGAUGUGGGAACCCUUGCCUCUGUCCUCCCUGGACCCAGCCCCCACGAAAAACCCCAGCUCGCCAGAACGGAAGGCGACCUUCCCCGAGCAGGAACUGCAGCAGCUGGAAAUAGAGCUGUUUCUGAAUAGCCUGUCGCAGCCGUUUUCUCUGGAGGAACAGGAGCAGAUUCUCUCGUGCCUCAGCGUCGACAGCUUCUCCUUGUCAGAUGACAGUGAAAAGAACCCAUCGAAGGCCUCUCAGAGCUCGCGGGACACCCUGAGCUCCGGCGUGCACUCGUGGAGCAGCCAGGCCGAGGCGCGCAGCUCCAGCUGGAACAUGGUGCUGGCCCGGGGCCGGCCCACCGACACGCCAAGCUAUUUCAACGGUGUGAAAGUACAAAUACAGUCCCUCAAUGGCGAGCACCUACACAUCCGGGAGUUCCAUCGGGUCAAGGUGGGAGACAUCGCAACUGGCAUCAGCAGCCAGAUCCCAGCUGCAGCCUUCAGCUUGGUGACCAAGGACGGGCAGCCUGUGCGCUAUGACAUGGAGGUGCCAGACUCGGGCAUCGACCUGCAGUGCACCCUGGCCCCAGACGGCAGCUUCGCCUGGAGCUGGAGGGUCAAGCACGGCCAGCUGGAGAACAGAGCCUAACCCCGUCUUCUGCCGCCGGCUCCACGCAGCCAGAAGCAGCCGUCCUUCUCGGUGCCCAGUGCUGCCACUGAGACACAGGCUCGGGCUGCUCCCAGGGACCUCAGCAGUGGGACCAGGGAGAAAGUGGGCACCAGCAAAAUGUCUCCCGGGAUUUCCCACCCAUGUCCUGCUUGACCCACCAAGAGAACACCCUGUGCCCACGUGAGGAGGAGGAAGAAGAAGGCAGGAGGCCUCUUCCCACGGGGAACAGAGAGGGUCUUCUCUGCCGUGGUCCAAAGAGCCUGGCCUGACCCCUUUGCAUCGGUGACCACUUACUGGCAGUCAGAGGAGAGAGGUCCAGCCCAGGUCGGGGAGGGGCGAGCGAGCCCCUCGGCCCCAGGCAGGAGUGAGGGGUCGAGUGUCUAAAGACCCACACCCCAGUCCAGGACAGGGCCAGGCAGCGGUGUGCCCACCCUGGGUAAACCGGGGGCCUUCUGACCCCCUUUGCAGCCUUGCCUGGCCGUCGACCCCUCUUAGACCUAGAAGCCCUUCAGGCAGAGCCAGGGAGGUAGGGACGCCUGACGCUGGGAAGCCUCCGUGGGAGGACACACCACGUUUUUCAUGGCGUUGUCACACAGGUCCUGUGCUGGGCUCGGCAUCAGCAAAGGACCGAAGAAGGUGUUUCAGUGAUAUGGUUCUCGGUCCCCAAAGACACGCCCCUUCGCUGCUGGCCCCCCGUCUUCCGCAGCGCAGCAGGCGCUGCGCCCCAGCUGCAGGCCCAGCACCGCCUGGCUAGCUGGUACUCGGUUCCCUCGUCUGGGGAAGUGAAGGGCGAGUAAUGUGAGGCUGUCCCGACAGGCGCCCCUCAGAGGACAGGGCGGGAUCAACAGAAGGGAAGAGGCAGGUGCGGGCGCCACGGUCACCCGAGCCACGGCUUUCAGCGUCUUGCACACCAGCCCCCCAAGCCACAGUACAGGCGUGUGCCCUCACUGACCCCCUGCCCCUGGUCACAGGGGCGCUGCCAGCUGCACUUUGCACUCUGAUGACCUCAAAGCACUUUCCUGCCUGCCCUCCAGAAGGGCAGGUCAGUGGUUCCGCAUGAGCACAAGCAGACGAGGAGAUGGGGCGAAGGGACUCAAGUCUCGACCUGUCUCCACGCAUGUGACCCUUUCAAAUGUCCAAAUCUCUUUUAAGAUGAGCCCCCCUCCCCAAUUUCUCUCUAUUGCCUCAGUCCAGCCUUUUGGGGGAGGGGACAGAAGCUGAUUGAGACUCAUGUAGCAUUAAUCAACUGUGAAUCAUUGGGGGUUGGGGGACCUGCUAGAUUCCUCCUUGGGAGAAGCUUGUCCCCAUGACUUGCCAAGGUGCCUUCUGUCCAGCUGUCCCCAUGGAGCCAUACCGCUCCCCAGGGAGAGGCCCCGGCCCCCCCACACAGGAAGAACUGCAGCCUUGGCACUGCAGGGUUUGCGUUGUAAAGACCUCCGUAAGCAAUA